CAGCAGCAGCCUCGUGGCUACCAGCAGCAGCAGCAGCAGCAGCAGCAGCAGCAGCAGCCUCGUGGCUACCAGCAGCAGCAGCCUCGUGGCUACCAGCAGCAGCAGGCUCGUGGCUACCAGCAGCCUCGUGGCUACCAGCAGCAGGAGGAGCCUAGUGGCUUCCAGCAGCCUCGGGGCUUCCAGCAGCAUAGUGGCUACCAGCAGCAGCAGGAGGAGCCUAGUGGCUACCAGCAGCCUCGGGGCUUCCAGCAGCAUAGUGGCCACCAGCAGCAGGAGGAGCCUAUUGGCUACCACCAGCAGCAGCAGGAGGAGCCUAGUGGCUACCAGCAGCAGCAGGAGGAGCCUAGUGGCUACCAGCAGCAGGAGGCGCCUCGUGGCUACCAGGAGGACCAGCAGCAGCCUCGUGGCGACCUGCCCUUGGAGCAGCUUCUACAAGAACUACAACCGCAGCAAGCUCAACAGUAUCGUAGCAUUGGGCCUAAGCUAUGUACCUUUAUUGGGACUAUAGCAAGGUGGCUGACGGGUCCUAGCUGUGUGACUCAAGAUCUAUCCGAGGAGCCCAAAGAACCCGAGGAGCCGGAGGAACCAAAGGGUUCACAAAAGCAGCAGCAGCCCGCGCAGCAGCAGCGGUCUCUGCAGCAGCAGCGGUCUCUGCAGCAGCAGCGGUCUCUGCAGCAGCCCGCGCAGCAGCAGCCCGCGCAGCAGCAGCCCGCGCAGCAGCAGCCCGCGCAGCAGCAGCGGUCUCUGCAGCAGCAGCGGUCUCUGCAGCAGCAGCGGUCUCUGCAGCAGCAGCGGUCUCUGCAGCAGCAGCGGUCUCUGCAGCAGCCCGCGCUGCAGCAGCCCGCGCAGCAGCAGCCCGCGCAGCAGCAGCCCGCGCAGCAGCAGCCCGCGCAGCAGCAGCCCCAGCAGCAGCAGCCCGCGCAGCAGCAGCAGCAGCCCGCGCAGCAGCCCGCGCAGCAGCAGCAGCCUCCGCAGCCCGCUCGGCAGCAGCCCGCGGAGCAGCAGCCUCCGCAGCAGCCCGCGGAGCAGCAGCCUCCGCAGCCCUCGCAGCAGCCGCCCUCGCAGCAGCAGCCCGCGCAGCAGCCCGCGCAGCAGCCCGCACAGCAGCGGUCUCCGCAGCAGCCUCGAUUACUUUUACUGCAGCCUUUCUUCAGUCAACUGCUGGCUCAGCGGCAGCCUGCACAGCAACCGCCCACACGGCAGCCGUCUCCACGGCAGCCAACUCCUCAAUGGCUGCUGUGGCAGUCCCCUUAA